GUCGGCCCUCCCCACAACAGCACUGAAGGAUGUUAAUUUCGCAUGGAGCCGAGUGGGGGGUUCGAACCCACGUCUCAGCCAUCGGAGGCAGCGUCGCUAUCCACUACGCUAAAUCCCACCCCCACCCACACCGCUAAAUAUACACAUACAUACCUGCACACAACGUCCCGUCAUUAACAUACGUGUUGGUAGUUACUCAAUAAGUAGAACCGAGCUAAAAUACGCUCAUCGACACAAGCUAAGAAAUGCUAACAUGUGCUAUGGCCGACUAAUAUCCGUCAAGCUAAGAAAUGCUAACAUAUGCUAAGGGCGGCUAAUGUCCGCCAAGCUAAGAAAUGCUAACAUAUGCUAUGGCCGGCUAAUGCCCGUCAAGCUAAGAAAUGCUAACAUAUGCUAAGGGUGGAUCAUGUCCGCCAAGCUAAGAAAUGCUAACAUAUGCUAUGGUCGGCUAAUGUCGGACAGGCUCCUCCUCCGACUCGCACUGGCGGGAGAUGUGAAGCACAGUGAGGAGUAAAUACAGACAAAGCAAGCACAAUAACGGAGUAUGGAAAGCGAUCCUGGUUCUGGGCCCUGGGGCCGAACCCGCCUGGCAGUGGCGAGUUUCAGGCAACUCCUGUUGUGUGCGAAAUGUUCCCAACUGAUGAAAGAGCCGGUGUACCUGGGUACGUGUGAGCACAUGUUCUGCAGGAUGUGUGCGGGUCCCAGUGCCGGUGCUGGCUGCCUUGUAUGCCAGAGUCCUGCCUGGGUGAAGGAUCUCCAGAUCAACCGGCAGCUCAGCAACAUUACGCAGCUCUUCUGCCAGCUGGAGGCGCUGUUGAGCCCUGCUGAAGUCAAUGCCUCCCCGUCCGAAGAAUCAUCCCUGCAUCCCGUACAGCCUGCUGCUGUCAAGGCUGCAAAACGCUUUAAAAUCUGGUUCAGCCCGCGGAGUCGCAAAGUACGAUGCCGGGUAGAUAAACGGGUGAAGUUGGUGCCACAAGACCCCAGGAAAGGGGGAAUGGCAGAGAAAUGUGGGAGCUCUACCAGGCCCAGAGAUCACUCUGUCUUUAGUUUCAGUUCCUCCUCCCAGGACUCUGUCUCAUCCUACCCAUGUGGAGGCAACAGUGAUGGCCUGAAAAAGACGGCAGGGAAGAAGAAUGUUAGAAGGCCGCCUGUAUUGUGCCCGAAGCGUGUUCUACGCAAGCAGACAGAGAAGAUUGCUCAGAAGGAGAAGCUGGAUGCACUUAACCACCAGUGGGGGAUUGACCAAGCGAGGGGAAGUGGCAGCAGGGAAGGGAAUGCCGUGGAGGUUGGAAGAUCUAGCAGGAAGGUGUCAUUCCAGUCCGCAGUGGAAGUCUGUGAUUCUCCAGCAGGGCCCCAGCCAGAUGAGGACAGUUGCUCGCUGACUCCAUCCAGAGGUCCGUCUCAGAGAGCUACGCAGGGCGGAAACCAGAGGCCAAGACGCCGGAUAAUGGGGGCGGAUUCCAGUCCGGGCAGACAGACAGCAGAUGGGGCACAUUCGGACCCCUCCUGCCAAACGCCCAGAAGAGGCAGACCUCGCACUGAGGAGCGUGCCCAAGGGACCCCAAAGAAGCCCAGGCUGUCCCCUGGUCCAGGGGCACGGUGUGGAGAAAAAGACCCAGCCCGUGCGGCUCCAAUCGCCAGCCCUGCCGCCAAAGCAUGCUACCGAAGGCUCGGAGAACAGCAGCCCGAAUCUUCUACCUCCCCGCGAACUCCACCUCUCCUCAAGAGGAACCACAAGGGGGAGACUCCUCUGCACCUGGCCGCCAUGAAGGGGGACAUCAAGGCGGUUGAAGAGCUUCUGGAGCGUGGGGCAGAUCCCAAUCUGAAGGACCAUGCUGGCUGGACUCCCCUGCAUGAGGCGUGUAAUCUUGGGCACCUGGAUGUUGUGGCAGUGCUGCUCCAGCAGGGGGCGCUGAUGAAUGCCCCUGGCUACCAGAAUGACUCGCCUCUACACGACGCAGUGCAAAAUGGCCAUGUGGAUGUGGUCAGGCUUCUCCUGGAGUACGGGGCCUCACAAAGUGUGCUGAACAUGUUUGGGCUCCGCCCUGUGGACUGUGCCAAGACGGAGGAAAUGCGGGCAAUCCUUCAAAAGGACCACAAAGACCCCACCCCUCCCUGCUCUCCCCUCAGCUCCCCGGGCGGCUUGCGGAAGGUUGGGGGUCUUUCGCAGAGGGAGGGGACUAUCAGGCUGCUGGGCAGCCGGCUAACCAAGCCCCUGCAGAACCAGCUGACCGACCUGGCCAGGCUUCUCGGAGGCCAGCAUGUGGACACCUUCUCCAGCACCGUGAGUCACGUCAUCGUGCCGGACAGCACCAUGCCCACAACCAUGUCCUGCUUCCACGGGCUCCUCAACGGCUGCUGGAUGCUGAGUUUCAAAUGGGUGACGGCGUGCCUCGAGGCGAAGGGAUGGAUGGAGGAGAACGAGUACGAGUUGGGAGGAGGGCCACUGAGGAGCCGUAUGAACAGAGCCAGUCUGCUCCCCCCACUCUUUGAUGGCUGCUUCUUCUUCUUCUUGGGCUCUUUCCAAAACCCUGCAAAAGAGGAGCUGCUCCAGCUGGUAAAGGAGGGAGGCGGGCAGGUUCUCACCCGUAAGCCGAAGCCGGACAGCGACGUGACACAGACUCUAAGUGCAGCUGCGUACCAUGCCCCAUCGGGCUCAGACCAGGCUCUCUGCACCCAGUAUGUCCUCUACGACCCCCAGGGUGCCUACAGGCCUCCCCAGCUACGCUUAGGCAAAGUCUGGUCUGCCCCGUCCUCCUGGCUGCUAGACUGUGUCUCUGCUUUUCAGCUGUUACCAGUGCCUGAACCCAAAUCCUAGGCAGUAAAUGCCUUUAUUCCUCUGCUAUCUUCAGUUUGCCCCCAAAGAGUACCGUCUCUCUGCCUUCAGUCACUUCCCACCCAGAAUAUAGCCAACGGGAGAGUAGAACUGGCUGAUCUUACCAGCCGUCAUAUGCAUUCCCUUGAUAUUCCACACUGACCUCCUCCUUCCACUUCUGGCACAAGUAUAUUUUGAACACCUGUACCAAAAGAAAUGUUGUUUUAUCUCUGCUGAUGCGGGCCUGUAAUUCAUUUUUUUUUUUGUUUUUCUCAUGUGGAUUGUAUCGGAGGAAAAGGUCUGGUGUGAUGCUCGAUUUUUACAGACGGGGUGGAGAACAACAGGCGCAAAUUAACUCGGAGAAUUUUUGCCUCUGAGUUUUUUUGUCAUCUAAGUGCAUACGUCGUCACUUCUUAUGUCUUUCAGUGAUGACAAAUCAUAGAUAUUAAGGCACUCUCUGGCUUUGAAAUAACUGGAAAAUAACUACAAUUGAGACCACGAUCGAAGGUUAUUAUUGAGAUAUCCUUACAGUACUCCAGAAGGCAGAAAAAAGUCCUGUAACUGCUUUUUAUCGAUGGUUUAAACAUCAGUGUUGCUUAUUUUAUUUUACCUUUUCUUCUGGUCUGUUUUCUUCUGUACACUCUGGAUACAAGCUUGAGGGAAAGUGAAGAAGAAACAUUGAAAAUAUAUGGCUGCUAUUGAACAUUUCAGAAGGUCACUUACUUGCAGUCCUAUCUCAACUUUCACUUUCUAAAUAAAUUAAUUCCAAUGUCA